UCAAUUGCCAAUUGCCAUGCUCGUUUGUUAUUAUUUUUUUGGAAAACUUUAUAACGUGUUGACCAACAGAUUUUUCCUUUGAUAUUAAAGACAUUUAUGAAAGGCUUUAGUAGACAGUCUCAAAAUGACCGAUAUAAUCGAAAAUCUAGAACUUGAUCGAGAUAUCAUUCCUUCCGAAGAAAUAGAGGAGCAGUUCAGCAAAAAAUACCACUUACUCACAGAGACAUCAGUAACACUUAAAACAUCAUAUGUUGAUACACUCAGUGUCAGUAGAGCAUUAAAAAUUGGAGUAAGUCUUCAAGAUAACACAUUAGAGGUUUAUGAAUUAAAUAGUUCAUCAUUACAACAUGUAAGUCGUUUACAAGGCCAUGACAAAAAAAUCACUGAGGUUAAAUUUCAUCCAAAGCAAGAAAGUCUUUUAUUUUCUACUGGUCUAGACGGUUACAUUAAGUUAUGGGAUUUACGAUUGAAAGGCGAAUGUGUUCAGGAGUUUAAAGAAGAUGCUGACUCCCCAAUCAGGCCCUAUGAGUGUAUGGAUGUAUCGGACAAAGGUAAUGUGUUUUGUACAGGCAGUCAACUUGUAAAAGAUGAGUCUUUUAUUGUUUUUUGGGAUCCUCGUACAUCGAAGCCCUUAGGGGCUUACUGGGAAAGUCAUACUGAAGACAUCAUUCAGGUGAAAUUUAAACCAAAUACUAACACAGUUUUGACAUCUGGUGCUACUGAUGGUCUUAUCAACAUAUUUAACCUGUUGGAACAUGACGAAGACAAUGCUCUGUUAUACUCACUGAAUGUUGGCAACUCUGUGGAGAAACUUACUUGGCUCAAUGACGACCAAUUAGGCUGUGUUACACAGUCUGAUGAUCUACAAAUAUGGAAUACAGCCACUGGUGAUAUGAUCAAAGAAUAUAGUAGAGAUAAAGUUGCUAGGAGUAUUAAGAGGAGCAGAGAUGAUGAUUGUUAUGUGGUAAAUAUGUUCCCUGGUCCUGACAAUAAUAACUGGCUACUGGCUGGCUCUCAUGGUGGAAACGGUAACACUCUGAGGUCCCUUAGUAUCGCUGACAAACGAUUAUCACCUAGCACAGACUUUGUCAACAACAAACAAAUUGUUAGAAGCUGCCACUUUGAUACAAAUAAUAACCUCUUAAUAACAGCAGGUGAGUCAGGUUUAAUCAGCGUAUGGAGUGAAGAGCAAUCACACGAACGUGACGUCACGCAUGUGCACAAAAACGAUAAGUUGCAUGCACAUAGACAUAGACCAUACUAGACAGAUCAUUACCAGAAAUGUGAUUAGCCUCAAUUGACAUUAGAUUAAUCACUCGUUAUUUCACCAAAUAAACUAUAUUGCUACCAGGACUUUUAUUAUGUUAGACAAGGUUUAAGAUCUAGACAACAAUAACAGCCUAAUGACAGGUGGUACGUUUAGUAUUAAUAUGGACGUAAUUAUAAAACAUAGUGAUUAUGAUAGUACGAGAUCCGCUCAUCACUUAUUUGUUAAAAAACAAAUUUUUAUGUAUAUUUAUAAUUACGAGAAAUGUACGUCUAUAAAUGAAAAGGAAGUGUGGCCAGCUGAAUUAAACGGCAACGGAAUUUUUUUUUAAUUUUUAUAUAAAUUGCCGUCAUGUAGACGAUAUUUUAUUAAAAUAACAAGUGAACGAAAUGUUUUCCUAAAAAUCAAUUAAAAAAUUAUUUCACUAAAAAUAAAUUCUAAAUUUUUAUAGGCAACUUGGUAGAUACACAUUCUCCUCAUUAUAAAUAUAUAUACAUAAAAAAAAUUUUUUUUGCAAAUAAGCGAUGAGCGCACUAAUCUUGCAAUCGAAUCUUAGACCAUGACUGGGGUAAGUACAUAAAAUGGAAACGACGAAUCGCUUUUGUUCGGACAAAAAUAAUUUAAAUUAAUCGUUGUUGUGAUAAACAGUUGACGAAGCAGUUUGUUUAUAUAAUUUCGCGCUAGAACGCGAAAUACCAAAUAUGAAAUAUUUCUCUCUAUUAUAUUCUCGUAUAGCAUCGUAUCACCUAAGUUGGGUUUUUUAAUGUAACAACAGGUGUUUUGACACCUCCUACAUGAAGGAGGCUCAUCUGAUAUUAAGCGAUACCGCCCAUGGACUCUCAUUGCCAGAAAUCUGGCAAGUGCAUUGCUAUCCUUUGACUCAAAGACAUAUUAUAAGCAUCAAACAAAAAUAGUUAAAUUUUUUCGUAUAUGUUCUCACGCAAUUUAAUUAUCAUAAAUACUAUGAAUACUGUUUGUUGUUUUGUAAUACAGGGGCAUAAGUCUUAAGUGUACUUGUAUGAACUCCCCACAAAAUAAUAUUGAUAAGGAAAUGAUAAUUUCAUUAAUGUAUAAAUAAA